GCGGACGGGGACGCGGACGGAGGGAGAGCGCCGUCUGAGAGCGCAGAGGAGCGUCGAAGGCUAUCGAUGAAUGUCGUCACGAGCGGGGAGCGCAGCAGCACCACGAACGCCCGAAGCAAAUCAGAGCGGCGCAAAGCGAAGCCGCGCCAGGCUGCGCCACGCCACGCGAAGCCGAGCCGAGCCGAGGCGUCGCUGAGGUGACGACAAAGUAGCGUCGGGACGAAGCGAGCGGAGGGAAGGGCCCGCUCUUUCUUCUUCUCGCUCCUCCGCCAUGUACACAGCUUCUUGCAUUCGGUAAGCUGUUCAGUGUCCAGAUCCGAAUUCCCAGUUGUCUGAUCAGAGGAGACCGGAAGAGCUAUGAGUCAGGUGCUAUGCGAGCCGAGGUUCUUGGUCGCAUUGAAGUCCGGACAGUCAGCUUUGAGUUUUGGUCGCUCGGGCGCUGGACCAUGGCAGCCCAGGAUCCUUGUUGCAUACAAGGCUCAUGGCCUCAAUUCGACGCCCUCACCUGAUGGAUACUCGUCGCUCAAGAGCAGGAGGAGGUUGAUUUGGUCUGAGAAGGCUCUUGUUAAGUUGUCCACAGAUGGCAAAGCUCAGCAAUCAAGAACUUUGGCAUCACUGGCAGCAGAUCAAGAGACGGUUGCUAAAACGGAGUCCGAGAUUGAAAUACCUGUUUCAGAAGAAGAGAUCAGGCCUGUUGUUCUUCCCACGAAUGACUCAUCUCAAAAGUUGCUACAAAUUCGUCAUACAAGUGCUCAUGUCAUGGCAAUGGCUGUCCAAAAGUUAUAUCCAGAAGCGCAGGUUACCAUAGGCCCUUGGAUCGAAAGGGGAUUUUAUUAUGACUUCGACAUGAAGGAGCCUUUGGCUGAAAAAGAUUUGAAGAAGAUCAAAAAAGAAAUGGAUAAAAUUGUCGGUCGUAAUCUUCCACUGAGGAGGGAAGAAGUAUCUCGAGAAGAAGCUGCGCGUCGAAUUAAGGCGAUCAAUGAGCCUUACAAGCUCGAAAUUUUAGACAGCAUCAAAACCGAGCCAAUCACAAUCUAUCAUAUAGGAGACGAAUGGUGGGAUUUGUGUGCGGGACCUCACCUGGAGAGAACAGGUCAGAUACCCCGUAGAGCACUUGAGUUGGAGACCGUUGCCGGAGCCUACUGGAGAGGAGAUGAGAAGAGAGCAAUGCUGCAACGAAUAUACGGGACUGCCUGGGAAACAGAGGAACAACUAAAAGCUUAUCAAGUUCAAAAGGAAGAAGCAAAACGUCGUGAUCAUCGCCGGCUGGGUCAAGAUCUUGGUUUAUUUUCUAUCCAGGAAGAUGCCGGUGGAGGUUUAGUUUUUUGGCAUCCCAAAGGAGCUAUGGUUCGCCACAUAAUUGAAGAGUACUGGAAGAAGGUUCAUCUGCAGCGUGGUUAUGAACUGCUGUAUACUCCUCACGUGGCAAAGUUGGACCUCUGGAAAACAAGUGGUCAUUACGAUUUCUACAGAGAGAACAUGUACGACCACAUGGACGUAGAGGACGAACUUUACCAACUUAGACCCAUGAAUUGUCCUUGUCACAUUCAGAUAUACAAGGAUGUCCUUCGCUCGUACAGGGAAUUACCAAUGCGAGUUGCUGAAUUGGGUACAGUAUAUCGGUAUGAGAGGUCUGGAGCGUUACAUGGACUUUUUCGUGUCAGGGGAUUCACUCAGGAUGACGCACACAUCUUCUGCCUCCCAGAUCAAAUCAGAGAGGAGAUCAGAGGCGUGUUGGAUCUAACUGAGGAGAUCCUUACAACGUUUGGCUUUAAAAAUUAUGAAGUCAACCUCUCUACACGACCGGAGAAAUCUGUUGGAGGUGAUGAUAUUUGGGAACAAGCUACGACUGCAUUAAGGGAAGCAUUGGAAGAUAAGGGUUGGAACUAUUCCAUAGACGAAGGAGGUGGUGCGUUCUAUGGUCCUAAAAUUGAUCUUAAAAUCGAAGAUGCUAUUGGACGGAAAUGGCAAUGUUCCACGGUCCAGGUUGAUUUUAACUUACCACAUAGAUUCAAGCUUUCCUAUGUGGAUAUGAAUACCCAAAGGAAACAGCCCAUUAUGAUCCAUCGUGCCAUUCUGGGCUCCAUAGAGCGGUUCUUUGGGAUACUCGUAGAAAACUAUGCUGGAGACUUCCCGCUGUGGCUAGCACCCAUGCAAGUACGGCUUCUUCCUGUGACGGAUACCCAGGUGCCGUACUGUAAGGACGUUGUAGCAAAACUUAAGGCUUUAGAUAUUAGAGCGGAGAUUGCAUAUGGAGAACGACUAGCCAAGUUAAUCCGUAAUGCGGAGACUCAGAAAAUCCCAGUUAUGGCGGUUGUCGGACCUAAAGAAGUUGAAGAUGGAACGUUGACAGUGCGGACGAGACAUGGUGGAGAGCUCGGAAGUAUAUCUGUUGACCACAUAGUUGCCAAAAUACAAGCCGCUGUUGCCUCGAGAGGCGUUUUGUAACUUUUCACCUCUUCCAAUUAAAAUCAAUCUUAUUUAUAGCAG